AGCUCCAGGAUGACAUCGCAUCAAAGCCACGCCCCCCACGCAUCCAUGGCAACCAUUCAUACACACAGCUAGCAGCAUGAUCUGGGAGUGGGAGCUGACAGAUGUGCAGAAGCGGAACUCAUUUGGAUCAUGUCAGGACAGGAGCAUUUUCCCCCUUCACUAUGCUCGAGACAGGCUGGGGAACCAGCUGGUGCCUAUCAGAGGAGAGCCCUGGCGGGGGCCAGGCUGUUACAAAAGCGAUGAGAAAAAUACCAUGGUGUACUCCUUGACUCGGAAGCCUGAAAGCAACAAGGGUUAUGUGAUAGGAGCAAGGACAUCCCUCCGUUUCGCACCAGACUCCAAGAGCAAGCAUCCCGACCCUGGAGCAUACCAGUCAUCGUGGAGCAAACCCCGAAAGUUUCAGCCUGCGUAUGCCCCCUUUUCUAUCAAGACACCGCGAUUCCCAAAGAUGAUCUUGGAUAGAGAACUUUUCCCUGGACCAGGAACUUACGAAGCAGACAAGCAGCCCCACAAGAAAAUCACUUGGCCCAUGAAGUUUGGUUCCCCAGAUUGGUCAUUAGUACCAGUGCCGGAGGAGAGGACUUUGAGAACCGAGUUCAUUACGGAUAAAGAAUUCAGGAAACAUCGGAACCGACUGGCCUACCUGAGCUUGUACUACAGCUGAGUCGCUUCUUCCUCAGAGCAUCUCCUCCUCACCCUUCCAGUUAAGUCUCUCAAACCUGUUUUUAGCUCUUCUCCCCCAGAUUGUUUCCCUGAAUACAGCAUCGGACUUCUUCCCGAGACACUGGUCAACCUUUCCAUUUGUGCAUCUUCAGGGUCAUUCUGCUUUUUAAAAAUUGCUCAGUGUCAAGUUUAGACCAUUCUCCAACAUCUUUGGUUGUGUAGUGGGUGCGUGAGAUGGAGAUUGGUAGUGGAAAGAUCACCGACUCCACCUGCCAGCGCCAGAUGGCUCUGUUCACCUAUUAACCGUGAUGCUCCUGGUUAUGUCCCACUGGACUCACUGUUGAGAGGGGCAUAAGUUUUCAUAGGCAAUGGCAUACUUCAGCUGCUGUUGAAGUCUCUGCGGUGCCACUCUGCCCUGCCUUCACACUAACAUAGCGAGCUGUCUCUUUCCACGCAAGGACAGAAACCAAUUUUACUUCAGAAUAGCUUUUUCUAAUUCAAAUCAGAUGCACAGAGGAGCUCCAUUCUCUUUGGCCCCGAGAGCUUGAUCUCCUAACCCCUGCUAAUCUGGGAAGCAAAACAAGGGAUUGCUGUGCUUAAUCAGAACAGCAGCCUGUCCAACGACCUGUUCCCAGCAGUAACUUAAGCCAGUCGCUUCAAAGAUACAAGAAUCCCUGUAGUAGGCUCUGAUGAAAUAACAAAAUGGCUUUCAUUUCUGGUGGGAAGAGAGCAGAAAGGAAUUCAUUCUCUGCAGUCAUCGCAGGCUCUCAGGAGGGAUUCACGAGCUGUCAUCUUGCUCUAGGUUGCAUUUAUUAGUGAUGGGAAGCAAUUCAAGGGUGUUUCCUACAGGAGGUUACAGAAUUUUUGGAGACAUUUUAAACCACGGUUUCAAGGCACAGCCCGUCCAAUGCAAGCCCAACACUCAGCAAUGAUACAACACAGAAAUGGGGGUGGCCAGAGGGAUGCUUUCAUUUCAUGAAACAGAAUCAGAAGCUUUUAACAUGGCUCCAUCUCUAGAUAUCUGAAACUUCAGGGGCAGUCAGCAUUUGUUGUGGCCAGGGGCUAGCUGGGAAGUCCAAGUCCACAUCCGGAGUUUGAAAGUUUGGGGAGGAAAUGGUUUGUUUCUAGGCCUCUCGUGUCAUAUGGUACACAUUAUUAAAAUUAUCUCUGGUUUAUGAGAGUGUUAAUUCAUAGCCUGUGGCAGCAUUUGAAACUGGGACAAGAUCAGAGUGAAUGCAUAAGGAAUGGCUGUCCUCCUACCAGUACUCGGGUAGAAACUCAACCUUUCCCUUGAUGCUUCAUAGACUUUAUGAGCCCAAGAUUUAUUUGCAGCUAUUUGGAUCUAGAGGAGCAGAUUAGGAAACACAGAUGUUCAGUCUGCACUAGGAUCUAGUAUCAUCUGAAGUCAAAA